UUUUUUAACUACCACAAAUGAAAACAAUACAUCAUCAGUCCAGCAGAUGUGCCAAAAUGUCCCAUGUGGACUGCAACAAAACAGAGGGGCAUGUCUAGCCAGUGGACUUACAGGCAGUCACGCUCGGUGUGUGUGUGCUCAGGGCUAUAUCCCUCCAGACUGCCAUUUUGACCCUUGUGUGCCUACUCCCUGUGACCAUGGAGGAGUGUGCCAAGGCUCUGCACCAUCUUCGUACAAGUGUUUCUGCCCGCUUGGGUUCUCUGGUCAAAGCUGCUCCACAGUGGACCCAGACCCUCAGCUUACUAAGCAUGAGUUUUCACCACAAUUGUUUCCACCAAGUGGGUCCACUAUCCAGUGUGAAGUUCAUAAGCUUUGUGAUUUUCCAGUCUACUCAAAUGGAAAUAAACCUGGAUCUGUUCCAAAUGUGCGACCAGGACCAAGUGCCCCCGGUGUGGACAUUCUAGUAAACCCCACGGAACCAGAUAACUCCACAUCUCUACCUGGUUUUAAUUAUGUGACCCAGGUCUCAACAAAAUCACCCACACCUGGACAGAAGAGUGUUUGUGUACAGAUGGAUGACGGAAACGGCAACAUGAUCUCAAGCUGCUAUUCGGUGCUUGUCAUAGAUCCAGCUGUGUCCAGCACACCUCAGCCAGGAGGCGCUGCCAGCCACAAUAACCAACAUGGGACUAAAUUCUUGUACCCAACUCCACCUGAUGGAAGUAAGUUACCCUGUGCUGACCCUUCAGGAUGUCAUUUGGUUGUGGCUAUAACUCAAGAUCCUUCUGGAAACUGUUCUGACCUGACGACUUCCAGGAAAGACGUGUAUCUUUUCAACACCACAGUGACGUCAUUUGGAGCGUGUCAGACAGAAGUGCUCAUCAUUCCAAAUGAUACUACUCCUACAUGCUUUCAAGCAGGGCUUGUGGACAAGCGAUGUUUUAGUGUACCUCUCGUACCAGUCACAGGUCAGCAGAUAUGUCAGUCUUCUCAGUGUGGCACACAACAAGGUGGGGGAGCCUGUCUCCCCACAUGGACUCCCUCAAACUCCUUUGAUUGUGUGUGUGCCGCUGGAUUUCUGCCUCCAGACUGUCUUAAAGAUCCUUGCUUUGCCCAGCCAUGUUUCAAUGGAGGAAUCUGCCACCCCACUUCCAACACAUCACACCAGUGUUUCUGUCCUCUUGGCUUUUCAGAUCAGAACUGUUCUGUUCAUGAUCCUGAUCCAGCUCCUACUAAGCCGUUGCCCAUGGACAAGAUUUCACCUACCAACGGAGGUCAGAUUUCAUGUGUUGUUAAUGUACCGUGCACUUUCCCCGUCUACACACAAGGCAAAAGUGAUGGGUCCCCACCUGUCGUUGGUGAAGGGCCCAAAUCUCCUGACAUCACUGUGACAAUCCAGCAGCCGAUCAAGGAAACGAGUACAGCAGCCCCAGGUCAUGUGUUUAGUACACCCAUCACAACAGAAUCUCCCUCUCCAGGUCUCAAAGAGUUGUGUGUCAAUAUCUCUGAUAGCACAAGCAGCCAAUCUACUGUGUGUUUCAACAUUGAUUUCAAGGAUCAAGUCACUACAACACCAGCAUCUUCCUCUUCAGCCUCAAACCCCACUACACCAAAGUUUGAAAUACCUACACUGCCCUCUGGUAGCAAGUUGCCUUGUGCUGAUGGUGUGCGGGGAUGUCAUAUGUUAGUCUACAUAAAGCCAAACAUAACCACUGGUAACUGUCCUUCUCCAAUGGUCACCAACGGCUCUGCCUAUGCUUUUAAUUCAUCCCAAGCAAAUGGCUUGUGUGUGACUGACAUAGUAUUUGUGCCUGAUCCCGCAGAUCCCUACUUCUGUCUACAAGCAGGAUUUGGAGAGACUAGAUGUUAUUCCGUUCCACUUGUUGGUCAGACAGGCCCAGCUCUAUGUGCAGCUGUUUCAGCACUUGACUGCGGCCUCUACGGUUCUUGUUUGGCCCAACCACAGAAUAAUGCCACGAAAUGUGUGUGCCAGCCUGGCUAUAAUCCCCCUACGUGUGAGCCAGUGUCUCGACUUGGACAGUGCUAUGACAGAGACCUUUGGCGUAAAGCCUUCAGAGAGGGCAAAGUGCGCUGCACCUGUAGAGAUCUUGUGACGGGUCAAGUGAAGACAGUGGUGAGACCACGUGUGCCCAGUGAGAGACUGUGGAAGAGUGCUGGAAUUGGUGCCGGAACCUCAACCUCUGCCCUGCUUCUGGGGGUGCUUCUCUAUCAGAUUAUCACAAGGUGUAAAAACAGAAAUAAAAGGGCAAAAGCUAGACAAGCUCAUGAUUACCUUUUUCAAGACCAGAAAGAUGGUCAACAGCGUCCACUUCCUAUGGAAAAAGAUGGCAAGCCGCGCGAAAGUUCUCCCUGGAAAGUUCUCAGCUGCUUCCACUGUGGAGAUGUCAUGCUACAUGUGAAAGACCCAAAAUGAGUUGUCUCAUAAUGACGUCUUUGACUGAUCCUCAUACAGCGAGGAUUAAACAGAUUAAAUAUUCGUUGGACUUCUCUUUGAAUUGAAUGCCUCUAUGUUUGUUACUUACCUAAUUGUAGUCUUAAGAGACUUUUCAUUCCAUUUUCAAAAUAUCCAACAGAAAAGAAGGAAAUGUUCAUUUGUAGUUAGUUUCCCCGGUUCAGUGAAUUAAAACUUUGAGACUUGAUUUUUUCAGUUUUGAGUUGUUUUCAUGGUGUUAUUGACACUUGUGUUUACCAUCUGAGUUAUUAAAGGAUACAACCAUCAUCAGUCUGAUCACAAGUGAGCAUUGCAAGUAUUUCCCAAAUUCAGAAGCAAGAGGCUUAGUAGAGACAAAGUGACUGUGCAAUGUGCUCUCAUGAACAAUACCAAUGAGAUGAGUUUUUAUUCUGACCUAAUCUGGCUUGUUACUGGACUUUUUUAAUGCAAUAUUAUACCACCCUCUCUGAUUAUACUUAUUAGUUGGUUACUAGUCCCUAAAUAUCUAUGGUGAGAAAGACCUGAGGGAAAAGUCAUAAGUUCCUUCCUGUUGUUCUUGGAGAAACCAGAAACGUUUGCCUUGCAUGAUAAACACUGUGACCCUAGGCCAACUGACCUUUGCUUGCAGAAAGCAACACGAUUAAUUUUUCUUCUACAUGUAAUUGUAAAGGCAUCUGACCUCAGUCAAACAGUGGGUUAUAUGUGUAUACAGUGGAAUCCUGUUAUAACGAGAGGUAGAGGACUGGUGCGAAAUAUCCAUUAUAGCAGGAUUCUCGUUAUAAGGGAUUCAGUAUUAAAUUCAAGGUGAAUAAUAAAGUAGGACUGAUCCAU